AAUGGGAAUAACUCUUCAUUCACGUAGAAUUGCUUGAAAUAUUUUCGUUGAUUGAGCCCAAAAAUCACAUAGUGAAAGAUUCACUAGUUAGGAAGUCAUGUUUAGUUGGAAUUUCUUUAGAUGUGCUUGAAAUUGUAAUUGUCCUCUUUUAAGAGCGUUAAAAAUGUUAAAACCGCAAUAAUAGGUUGCAAAAUCUGGAUCCGAUAUUAAUACCAGAACUCGGGAUAUUAUACCAAUAAUAAAGAAAAUGACAGUACCAGAAAAAGUGGAUAUUACUCCCGAAGAAAUGGAAAGUGUUGAGAAAAUGCGAGCACGAUUUAAAAAUGAUUUGCCUCAAGCAAUGUAUGAAGAUACAAAUUUAUUUUUGAGAUUUCUAAAGGCGAGAGACUUCAACCUCAGCCAGUCUGAAAUCAUGCUCAGAAAACAUUUGCAGUGGAGAAAGGCAAAGAAAGUUGACACAAUAAUUGAAGAAUUCAAGCCCUUUGAAGUUCUAGAAAAAUACAUGCCUAUCAAUGCUUUUGCUUUUGAUAAAGAAGACUCGAUAUGUUAUUACCUACCUGUGUCAAAGUUCGACGUUAAAGGGAUUCAUAGAUCAGCAAAACCAUCUGAUAUUGACAGCUACCUAAUUCGAUCACUCGAACUCGGCGAAAGAGCCAUAAUAGAACGAGCUGAAAAUAGAAAAGGAAAACUUCCCGGAUAUGUUCUAGUGUAUGACUUGGAAGAUUUACCAUUUGCUACUGCCACUGAUAAAAAAGGUAUUGAAGAUCUCAUUAGAACGGCAAAAAUUAUUCAAGACAACUAUCCAGAACGCCUAAAAGCUGUAUUGAUCAUUAACGCAUCCAAUCUCUUCACAAUUCCUUUUGCAAUCCUGAAAAAAUUUCUUGCACCAAACGUUGUGAAGAAAAUACAUGUAUACGGAGCAGAUCGUUGGAGGGAGCAUCUUUUGAAGCUGAUUGAUGCUGAUAAAAUUCCGGCUUUUCUGGGAGGAAAGAAAACAGAUCCAGAUGGAAAUCCCCUUUGCAAGUCAAUAAUUAACUUUGCUGGUCCCGUUCCGGAAAGUUAUCACUUGAAGAACACCAAGAAUCCUCUCUGUGGAGAUCCUCGUAGCAAAAAGCUUGUGAUUCCCCGAACAUCUACCAUCGAAAUUGAUUUAGACAUUGUCGUGCCAGGGUCUUUAAUCCAAUGGGAGUUCGAGGCGAAAUCUAAAGAUGUCGCAUUCGGACUUUUCUUUAAGGAGAAAAGCGGAGACGACGUAAAAGUGACAGAACUGGUGCCAAUAAUAAGACUUGAGUGUGAACUCUGUUCUGAAACUGGUGUUUAUAAAUGUGAAAUGCCAGGUACAUACACUUUGGUUUUCGACAAUUCAUACAGCUGGAUCAGAUCGAAAGAAAUUUACUACAAAGUGUCUGUCGUAAACCCCAAAGAGCAUGAAGUCCAAUUGGAACGCUGAGCAAACACGUAAAUGAGGACGAAUUUUGUGUUUACCACCAAUUAUUUAAUAUUUAUAUUUGUAUUUUAAUGCAUUAUCGUUUUUAAUUGUAAAAUAAAGUAUUUUCAUUACAA